AUGAAGGUCAAUCCUUUCGUCUCCAGCGAUUCCGGAAAGAGCCGCAAGGCCCACUUCAAUGCUCCAUCCCACGAGCGCAGACGCAUCAUGUCGGCCCCGCUCACCAAGGAGCUCCGCACCAAGCACGGAAUCCGCGCUAUCCCAAUCAGGUAAUUAUUUCUUCUUUAUCUGCACCGCUGUUCCAUUCAGUAGUCCCGGACGAUGUGUUCUUUUCGUACGGUUUGGACAAUAUGGAGAAAUAGGCAUUGCUCUUUUUGCAGCGAAACUGAAUUUAUUUUUGUUUUGUUAGCCAUAAGUGUAAAACAUUCUUUCAGAGUCGAUGAUGAGGUCGUCGUCAUGCGCGGACGCCAUAAGGGAAACACCGGACGUGUCCUCAGAUGCUACCGUAAGAAGUUCGUCGUCCACAUCGACAAGAUCACCCGUGAGAAGGCCAACGGAUCUACUGUGCACAUCGGAAUCCACCCCUCGAAGGUGAGGUUUGUAUAAACUAGUUCCGGUGCACAUCGGCUCAUGAAAACUGUCAGGUUUGUGAGUUCUGUUUUUUUAUUUGCGCUCGGUCUAGCUUGAAGUUUCUUUUUUCGGAAUUAGGGUUUCAAAAAGUUUAUUAUUCAGGUCGCUAUCACCAAGCUGAAGCUUGACAAGGAUCGCCGUGCUCUUGUUGAGCGUAAGGCUGCCGGACGCGCCCGCGUCACUGGUCUCCUCAAGGGAAAGCACACCGACGAAACCGUCAACUAA